UGCUGCUGUUCUCUGGUGCUUCGUAGCAAGUGCCCUCGCAUGCCAUCUUGAACGAAAGCCUGACAGUAAGUCGAGCUCGGUUGGUAACUAGAUUGAAGAUAUACUCAUAUGCAUAGAUGUCGAUCACUUCAUUCGCUACCGCUCCACCGGUCCUCAAGAUGGAGAGCAGCUCUACACCCUAGAGUUUGAAGAUAGAACCACCCGCCAGGUGACCGACGAAGAGAGAUGGGCCAUCAAGCGCGCACAUAUCCGCUUCAUCGACAUCACCUACGAACCCGACCAGAUGUCGAUCAACAGCUUCGCAAGCAACGUCCAAGCCGCCGCCUUCCCCACAACCCUCACCCAGAAAUCGGCCGUCAAUGCCCUGAUUCCAAAAUACAACAUCACCAACGUCAAAACCACUCUGACCAAGUUCUCCAGCUUCUACAACCGGUACUACAAGUCGAAAUUCGGGGCAGAGUCCGCACAGUGGCUCUUCGACCAGAUCUCAGCCAUCGCAACUUCUAGCGGCGUCAAAGGCGUCACCGUCCGCAAAUUCACGCACUCCUUUGCCGACCAGUUUUCCAUCAUUGCCACCCUCCCCGGCAAAAGCACAAAGACAAUCGUGCUCGGCGCUCACCAGGACUCCAUCAACGUCCAGACCCCAUCUACCGGACAAGCCCAGGGCGCCGACGACGACGGCACAGGCUCCAUGGCCAUCAUGGAGGCCUUCAAGACAAUGCUGACAGACCCGCGCCUCAAGUCCCGCGAGGCCGACAACACGAUUGAAUUCCACUGGUACGCGGGCGAAGAGGCCGGCCUGCUCGGCAGCCAGGCCGUCUUCCAGCAAUAUGCCAAAGCCGGCACGAACAUUGCCGCUAUGCUGCAGUCUGAUAUGGUCGGAUACAGUAACGGACCGAUGGGCGUUAUUACCGACUUCACGAAUGAUGCGCUCAAUACGUUUACGCGUCGUGUGAUUGAGCAGUAUACUACCACCGGGUACGUGGAUAGCGAGUGCGGAUAUGGAUGCUCUGACCAUGCUUCGGCGACGAGGGCGGGGUAUCCGUCCUCUUUCAUUUUUGAGGCGGCGUUUGAGGAGAGUAAUCCGGAUAUCCAUACGCCGCGCGACACGAUCGACAAGGUAGACUUUGCGCAUGUAUUGGAGCAUGGCAAGCUGAUGCUCGGAUGGGCUAUGGAGCUGGCGUUCUCACCGUCCAUUUGAGGUGAUUUUUGGAGUCGGUUGUGUGGUGCUGAUGUUAGAUGGUGUUAGAUGGUGUUUUGUUGGGGGUUGACGAGGAGCGUUGUGGUGCGUUUGAGCGUGGUGUUGGUGGUGGUGGGUGUAUCAAGCGGCGUUGUGAAUGCAUCGGCUUGUAUAGAUGGAGUAGAUUACUUCGGCUACCAAUUGGUCACAAUCAUGAUAGCCAGUGGCAUGAAGCCAAUUCCUCUAUAAUGUAUAUCAAUACCGCUGUAGUAGUCC